GUCGCCUGUGGACCGGUGGAGGGCUGCAGGACGGUUCCGCAGCACCGGGACUAAACAAACCUCCGCUCCGCUCACAGUGGACCGGACUGACGACUGCUGGGACAAGAGGAAAACAGCUUUGGAAAAAAAACAAACAGAUGACUACUGAGGAUUAGAGUUCUAUGAAUUUUUUUCUUCUUUCUUUCUGCAUCAGUCACAUUUGUAUAGGAGACUAUUUGGCUGAGCAUUCGGAUACUGGAAGGAGGACAGGAAGAGGACAACAUGGACUUAGUGGGAGAGUCAGAGCAAACAGAUGAGUCACUUAUGAGUGACAGAUGAUUCAACAGUGUCUGGAACAGUUUCUUCUCACAGACCAUGGAGCUAAUUGGACCAAGAGAAAGGGAGAAAGUGUUUUUUCACAAGUGUCUGCCUUUUUUUUUUUCCAUUAUUUUGUCAAUGACACAACAGUCUCAGGCAGUUGGGAACCAAUGACCUAAUUCAAAUUAAAUGACCUCACACUGAUAUGUAGCCCGCCUCCUCACCGGGUGAUGGAACAUAAUCACAAGUCAGACAUCAUUAAGGCCAGAGUGUGUGAGGUUACAUGAUACUUCUGUGGGUUUAACCAGGAGGAGUGAGUUUUGAUGUUGCGUGCAGUGAUGUUACGGCGCGGACUACUGUUAUGGGUGUCCCGUGUCGGGGGGCUUCUGGUGCUCCUCUGCUGCUCACUUUCGCUCCUUUAUGUGAUGAGAUGCAGCCCGCCAUACUCUAAUGACCCUCCACUGAGUCAUAUAUUACCCCACGCUGGAUCUAAUCAUCCCAUCCUGGGAGGCACGAGGCCGGAGACCGGAGCGGGAGCCGCUGGGGUCGGAGGAGCUGGACCUGCCCACAGCGGCGGUCCUCCGAGUGCCCACUCUUACCAGGUGCUUCUCCAAGAGCGUGAGGAGCAGCACCGCCUCCACAUCUCCUCCUUGAAGAAACAGAUAGCUCAGUUGAAAGAGGCAUUGCAGGAGCGCAGCCAGCAGUUGAAAGGAGUACAGGAAAGCCUGAAAAGAGCCAAUGGAGGCCCAGCAGAGGGGCAGGAAGGAGGCGCUGCCUCACAAGGAGGUGGUGUUGGAGAAGCUCAGGGAGCCAAGAGCCAGCCGGCGGACCUACAGGAGUUCCUGAAGGCCCAGCUGUCAAAGGCUGAGGUGACCUCCGGCAUCAGGUUGCCCAGCGAAUACGCUGUAGUGCCAUUUGAGAGCUUCACCCUGCAAAGAGUAUACCAGCUGGAGAUGGGGCUGACGCGUCAUCCGGAGGAGAAGCCUGUGAGAAAGGACAAACGAGAGGAGCUUGCGGAGGUCCUGGAGACGGCUCUGCAUAGCCUCAAUACGCCUUCAUCUGAGCAGGACCGCAGGAGUGCAGCGGAAAAGGCCCAAGCUAGCAAAGUCUAUACACCAUCUGACUUCAUAGAAGGUAUCACACGUACAGAAAAGGACAAAGGUACAUUGUACGAGCUGACCUUCAGAGGGGAGUCAAGUAAUGAAUUCAGACGCCUGGUCCUCUUCCGGCCCUUCGGACCACUCCUGAAGGUGAAAAACGAGAGAGUGGACACAACCAAUGUGCUCAUCAACAUCAUCGUCCCGCUCUCCCGACGCACGGACAAGUUCAAGCAGUUCAUGCACAACUUCAGGGAAGUCUGCGUGCGUCAGGACGGCCGGGUCCAUCUGACGGUGGUGUAUUUUGGGAAAGAGCAGAUGAGCGAAGUCCAGAGCACUCUGGAAAACACAUCCAGGGAAGCAAAUUUUAAGAACUACACGCUGAUGCAGCUGGACGAGGAGUUCUCUCGGGGGCGGGGUCUGGACAUCGGCGCCCGAGCUUGGAAGGGAGGCAACGUGUUACUUUUCUUUUGCGACGUGGACAUCUACUUCACCGCCGACUUCCUCAACACCUGCCGACUCAACGCACAGCCUGGUAAAAAGGUCUUCUACCCGGUGUUAUUCAGCCAGUACAACCCCAGUGUGAUCUAUGGAAGUCCCGAUCGUAUCCCAGCAGUGGAACAACAGCUGGUGAUCAAGAAAGACACGGGCUUCUGGAGGGAUUUCGGUUUCGGCAUGACCUGCCAGUACAGGUCCGACUUCCUCAACAUCGGAGGUUUUGACAUCGACAUCAAAGGCUGGGGCGGCGAAGAUGUUCACCUCUACAGGAAGUACCUCCACAGCAACCUUCUGGUGGUUCGAGCGCCGUCGCGAGGCUUGUUCCACCUGUGGCACGAGAAGCACUGCGCCGACGAGCUCCCGCCCGACCAGUACCGCAUGUGCAUGCAGUCCAAGGCCAUGAACGAGGCCUCGCACGGCCAGCUGGGGAUGCUCUUCUUCAGGCACGAGAUUGAAGCUCACCUCCGCAAGCAGAAACUGCAGCAAAACUCGAACGCUAAGAAGACUUGAAUGCUGGAGUCAGCGGCUGAAUUACGGUGGCUCUCUGUGCAAUCGGAGCUGGUGAACCCAGCUGAUCUGAACUUUAUGCUUUAAGCGGAUUGCUGUGAAAUGCUCUUGUUUGCUGUCUUGAUGAGAACUAUUGAGAUGGUUUACUUGGGAAAAUCUCUCCCUGUCUUGUUGGGUUAUGCUGACCUGUAAAAAAAAAAAGUUUGGUUUUUUUUUCAUCUUUUGGUUGGGUCCGUCUAGUUCUCUUUUACCUGCAUUUCCAGUCUUUACACUAGGCUAAAGCAGGCUUAAGUCUGUCUUGUCAUCUAACUCACACCUAGAAAACAAACACGUGGUUACCAAAAUCUAAAGCGUCUCCUUUUAAUGACAAGAUGUGAGGACUUUAUUGUUUUUAAGGACUCAACAUAACAGAAACUGUUUUGGCUGUGCAUCUUCACUGUUGAAGUGGAGAGUCGGACACUUCCUGCAGCAUCCAUCUGUACUGUAAGGUGCUUUUCAGCGCUCUCCAGAAGAAAACGUGGAGCCUAAAAUUUUGAGCUUUAAGUUGACUGUGAACUGCGUGCCUUCUGUGAAUAACUCCUGAACACUGUCUGCUCUGGAUGGUCAGUAAAACUAAGUGAACCUUCCUGCAGGUUUUAUAUAAAUUGGGGAACACUGCCACCCAGUGGGCGGGGGUUGAAUAACGUACUUGUGAACAAUUAAGGACUUUUAUAAAGCCUUAAAUGGCCUUGUAGGUUGUUUUUAAUAUAUACAUAUAAAUUAUUGUUUAUUGAUCUUCUUUCUUUUAUUAAUAUUUUUAAUUUUUGUAAAUGCUACAAGCUUCAGGCAGUGUUUGGUGUAGGCGUUUCACUUUUGUAGUGAAGUGAGAGUAUAACAUGAAUCACUUAAUUUCUGGGUGUUUCCCAAAAAGUAUGGCAUAUACAGAUGGGUUAUAAAUGACAGGGAAACCCAACACAAAGUUAUGAAUCUUAGUAAGUUAAUUGACUGCCAGUUGUCAGGUGUCUGUCUGUCUCACACAUUGGUCCAAAAUAUGUGUUUGAGCAGGCUGAGAUUUGGAGACUUUGAACCCUCGUGUCCUGUGGACAGGGGGAUUGUAAUCACAUCUGGAUAGACAUGUUUCAUUAAUCGAUUGAAGGUGGUGCGCUGGCUUGCAGCAAGAUUUCCCUCUAAGUAGGGAUGAGUGGACCAUUAGCCGUGGGGUUGAAAUGCCCAUCACAACAUAAAAUAACUAAAUCCCCUCGCUGUGGGGUUCUAGCAUUCAGGUCUGUGCCGUUUUUUGAUGCCAGACAUGAGAAUGGGAUCAAGGAUGACUCAUCCGGCCGUGGCACUUAUUUCCAUGUUUCUGACAAAUAGUGCUUUAGUGGGUUUGUCCACAAAGUUCAGCUGUGCAUUCAUUUUGAUACAAACCACAGCAGCAUCCCUGUCUGUGUAGCUGACGAUGGAUUGUUAUGCUGAUGUCGUCAGAUCGCUGACACUCUGCUACCUGAGGAAGAGUCGCUCCUCCGUUUGUCUUCGCACACAUUAAAUGUGCGCCAUCAGUUGUUGUUUUUAAACCUACCCACUGAUUUGUUUUCCCACUCGGCUAAAUGCAGAUGUCACUUUAGUCACUGUUCCCUGUGAAACACCAGCCAGUCGAGCAGUCUCGGCGACCAAAGCUUCCUUUCUUCUUCAUGCAAAAGCGAAAUCAACUGGACCUGCCCACCAUCUUUUAAUUUGUAACCCAUCUAUACAUAUUUAUGCCCACCGUGUGACUAAAGAUCACUUCCUUUUUAAAUAUUUAAAUUAAGAUAGACGUGAACAUGUAGGCUACUUUGUGUUUGUCAUUUAAUUAAUUUGCGGUCACGUAAAUUAAUGCGAUCAAAUGUAAAUUAUUGACGAUGACUCAGAAAGUCAGAACGGGACUUUUAAUCUUAAGGUUUUUAUUCCACGUGACUCAAAUGUGACAAAGAUAUGAAAACUUGCCAGUGCAAUACUAAAGAAGAAAUGUGACAUUACACGUGUUUGAGUGUAGUCACAGAGAUACACAGAGAUACUGCACCUGACUUGUGUUUUGUGUUUCAUUUUACACAAAAUCACAUUCUUCUGUGUGGAAGUCAUUCAGAUGAUCCUUUUAUAUUUGAUUCUUUUAUGUUCAAGAUAUUUCUUUCACUCCAUGUAAAUGAGCUAAAUAAACAUUUGUUUAUACUUUAUGACUUUGCUUAUGUCAGAUUCUGUAGUUAUCAAAUCCAGUGUAACUAUAAGAUGGUUUGCAUUACAGAAAAUAUUUUUUUUCUACUUUCAACCGUAUUUUGACACGUGUAAUAACACAGACAUGUUCAUCUUUGUUUAGUUCUUUAUGUGCUAACUCUUGAUCCAAAAUGUCCAGUACAAAUACAUUUAAAAAAAAAAUGUUAAACAGAGAAUAUGUUAUUACAGGAUAAUACCAAAUAAUGUUAUUUAUGUUUUUUUGUUUAGUUUGCUUAUUUUCACAAUAAACAUGUCAAGUUUUUUUUCUGUUAUUUGAUCAUUUUUCCAGCGUCUGUUUUUCUUUCAUUACACUGCUUUUUUUCUAAAUGUUUUAUGUCAAUAAAGACCAUCAAGGCAGAGCCAGUCGUAUGUUCUUUAAAAGUUAAAUAAGGUCCUCUUCGCCAUAUUGAAUAAAGCAAUG